AUGCCUGUCCCUCUUGAUCCCCCACCACCAGCAAAUUCUGUACAGCCCGGAGUCACAACAACAUUGUUAUACAACGGUUCUUGCUUCAGGGGUCACCAAAAAAGCAAGGGCAAUUGCUACGAUGUCGAAGUCGUAUUGCAGUAUGUUGACAUGGAGAAAGCUUACCUCUGUGGCUACCUGAAGAUCAGUGGUUUAACAGAGGAAUUCCCCACACUUACAACCUUUUUCGAUGGGGAAAUAAUAAGCAAGAAACAUCCAUUCUUGACGCGAAAGUGGGAUGCAGAUGAGGAUGUUGAUAGGAAACACUGGGGUAAAUUCCUUUCCUUCUACCAGUUUGCAAAAAGCUUUAACAGUGAUAGUUUUGAUUAUGGAGAUCUGAAAAACACAGACUUUGUUUUCAUGAGAUGGAAGGAACAUUUUUUGGUGCCUGAUCACACAAUAAAAGACAUCAGUGGAGCAUCAUUUGCUGGGUUCUAUUACAUCUGCUUCCAAAAGUCUACGGCAACCAUUGAGGGUUACUACUAUCAUAGGAGCUCAGAAUGGUUCCAGUCGCUAAACUUAAACCAUGUGGGGGAUCGCAGUAUUCCGAUAUACCAGUUCCGAUAGAAAAAGUCCUCUUUCCCACCCAAGUAGCUUUGCUCAGUCUUUGUCAAUAUAGGAACCAUUUAUACCAUACAGAUUCAUUAUACAUAUAUUGAAAUGAUAUCCAAGUUUACACCAACUGUUGCUUUAAAACAGGCACCUGUAAAACACAUUCUGUUUGUAGGUUACAUUUUUUUGCCUUUUAUUAUGAUAGUUUUCUCGAUUUUUGUACCUUUAUGUUCAAGCAUGUCCUCAUCUUGGAAUAUUUCAAAACGUUCAAAAAAUACCAGUUCGAAAAUGGCUCUGUGUUGAUAUGUAUUUUUUGUUUGCUCUGUAACCAUGGUUAUGUAGAAUAUGACUUUGUGUUAUUUAUUUUAAACCAGUUCAUAGUAAUUAACCAAAAUUUAAGUGUGUUUUUUUGUUUUUGGUUUUUUUGUGAUAGCUAGUGUUAAUAUGAUGUACAUAUUUUGCAAUUUGUAUAAAAGUUUGUGGUAUGUUUUGUUUAUGUAGUUCCUGUGAAGACAAAUUAACAAGUAACCAUCUUACAACAUGACGACCACAAACGAGUCUGAGCGAGCAAUUAUAAAUACAUCUGUUAAUCACUUAAGGUAUUACCUCAAAAUAUGUUUCUUGACUGCAAGAUUGACAUAAAUAGACAAGGUUCAGUCCGGUGAAACUAUUGUUACAGCUUUUUGGUUGUGUGAUUUGAUUGUAUGUGUCCCAAAUGGUUCUAUGUCUGAGCAGAAAGUCUUCUUGCAAACUGGUAGCAAUUUCUUUAGCAUAAUAAGGUUUACUUAUAACAUGUAUGCAUGAGGCAAAUUUAUUUCACUAUUUCACUUCUUUAUUUUUCAUUAUCAUGAAUAUUAACAAUUUAUAAAUGAAAGUUAUUUAGAAUGCUGGCUUACAUCAACAAGUUUGUGAAAGUCUGUUACAGGUUGUUUGUUACAAAAACAAAAUUAUUAUUGAAUUCAAAUAAAAAUGUCAUUUACUAAAUAUACUUUUCAUGUGAAAGAAGUGGAAUCCAUUAGUAUGUAUAUUUCACGUGACUGACUUUGGUAUGGCAGCUCACGAAGACUUUCUGUGAGGCACCUGUUACCAUGGUUACACAUGUUGUUAUUUCCUGGUGAUUUACCUUGUAGCAAGCAUGGGUUGUUCCUGCAGUUGUUCCUUCAGUGCAAGUCGUGUUGUUAAUAAUAGUCAUUGUGGUCAAUAUUUCACUGUCUUUCUUUGAGAGGCAUUUAGAAGUUGUAAAGAUGAAUGGAUAGUCAACUUCUUUAUUGCGAUGUUUCAGUGUAGAUACUAACACCGUUAUCAAGCGAUACA